AAGACAAGAAAAACAAAGAGAAAGCCUUUAACUCUAAUUGACAUUAAUUAUCAGAAGAUACAAAAAAGGCGACAAUUCUCUCAUGGAGAAGCGCGUCGCCUCAUCAUUACUCCUUAUUACCACGUUAUUAUUAUUACUCUUCUUCUCUCUUCCCAUUGCUCAUUCCACCAACAAUUCUCAGGUUCGAUGUAGCAAAACAUGUGUGGCUGACAACUGUAAUUCAAUUGGAAUUAGAUACGGGAAAUAUUGUGGAGUCGGAUGGAGUGGAUGUCCAGGGGAGAAACCUUGUGAUGAUCUAGAUGGCUGCUGUAAGAUCCACGACGAAUGUGUAGAGAAAAAUGGUAUGACCAAUGUUAAAUGCCAUGAGAAGUUCAAGAGGUGCAUAAAGAAAGUGCAGAAGUCUGGGAAGGUCGGGUUUUCUAGAGACUGCCCCUAUGAUGUAGCUGUCCCAACGAUGGUACAGGGAAUGGACAUGGCUAUUAUGUUUAGCCAACUCGGAAACUCCAAGCUUGAACUUUGAUCAAUUCAUCUGGCUAGCAGGACACAGUAUACUUGCAAUACUUGUAUUAACCAUUGCUUGUUGAUUCAAUUGUACGACAAGAAUGUUAUUCGUCUCUUUUUAGGAGCUUUUCCUUCUUCAGUAGUCCAUUUUGUAUCAGCACCAAGACGUAGCUAUUCAAUUGUAAAGGUUUAUCAGUGGAGGUUUCUGUAUGAUUCGAAUUGGUUUCACUUUGUA